AAAAUGGUGGUAGGAAGAGGCGGGUACGGUUCUUUCUAGCAUUUUCUAUUCCUCUCGGGAGCAGGAUAUAAGCCAGUCAUCGUUGCUGCUAUACCCAUUUCUUUCCGGCGGAAAGAUUCAGGAAGAGUCGGAUGGCGAGCAGUGAAGAUUUUGCGCUGGACUUGGAGGAAUUGAAGCAGCUCCACGCCAUCGCCAAGAGGCCUCGCGUUGUUUCUCUUAUUUCCUCCGAGAUUCGCAACUUGGAAAAGUUAACAAAAGAAGCUGAAUCUGCACCAGCUCCUCAUACACCAGCUCCAGUUUCAGCUGUCUCCACGGCAACUCCAAUAUCAAGUGCCCCAAAGGCAGCAUCGAACCCAUUGUUAACUUAUGCUACACUUGGCUCCUUCAGCUGGGAUCAGGAUAAUGAUAAAUUGAAGAUUUAUGUAUCAUUGGAGGGGGUUGAUCAGGAGAAGAUUGAAGCUGAUUUUAAGCCAAUGUCUUUUGAUAUCAAAUUCCAUGAUGUUCAAGGUAAGAACUACCGUUGUGCUGUACCUAAGUUGAACAAAGAGAUUGUACCUGAGAAAUGUAAGGUACUUGUGAAGCCUAAGAGGGUGGUUGUCACCUUAGUCAAAGCUUCUAAGGGGAAUUGGUUGGAUUUGCACUUCAAAGAAGAUAAGUUGAAGCCAAGUUUAGACAAGGAGAAGGAUCCAAUGGCUGGUAUAAUGGACCUGAUGAAGAAUAUGUAUGAGGAAGGUGACGAGGAUAUGAAAAGAACUAUUGCUAAAGCAUGGAGUGAUGCCAGAUCGGGCAAAACGGCUGACCCUUUGAAGGGCUAUCCCUGAAAGCAAAUAUUGGAAAUCCAAGUUAUAACAUGGAUUGUAGCUAGCUUCCAGAGAUUUUGUUGGAUUAUUUUUUCCUGGCGUAUGUCCCUUUAGAAUCUUUAUCUUGAAAUAACAUUUUGCAAUCCAGUAUAUGUUAAAUUGCAUAGUCUUUGACGCGGAUGUCUUUUGUGGA